CGGUGAGUUGAACAGCAGGAAGCGCCAUGUUAAUAUUCUGUCAUUUCACGGCUGAUAACAAGCAGCCAUGCUCUUAUACAGGAGUCAAAUCCUAAAGCGAGCGUUACCUCGUUUAUUCUGUGAGGCCGCUAAGAGGGUAUUUUGGAGAGACAUGAACGACUUUGCAGUUCUCAACACGGGGCGCAAGAUGCCCCUCCUUGGGCUGGGAACAUGGAAGAGUCAGCCAGGACAGGUGAAACAAGCAGUUCUAUGGGCAUUGGAAGCUGGCUAUCGCCACAUUGAUUGUGCAGCCAUCUAUGGGAAUGAAGUUGAGAUUGGAGAAGCUCUGCAGGAGAUGCUCGGGCCAGACAAGUCUCUGAGACGAGAGGACGUCUUCAUCACUUCUAAGCUGUGGAACAACCGCCAUCACCCAGAAGAUGUUGAGCCCUCCCUCUUGAAAACACUGAAGGACCUGAAGCUGGAGUACCUGGACCUUUACCUCAUCCACUGGCCCUACGCAUUCCAACGUGGAGACGUUUCUUUUCCUAGAACAGAGGAUGGCACCUUGCUGUACGAUGACACAGACUAUAAGGUGACCUGGGCAGCCAUGGAGAAGCUGGUGGAGAAGGGCCUUGUUCGAUCCAUUGGCCUGUCCAACUUCAACAGCAGGCAGGUUGACGACAUCCUGUCUGUGGCCAGCAUUAAACCUACUGUUCUACAGGUAGAGAGCCAUCCAUAUCUGGCCCAGGUAGAUCUGCUGGCGCACUGUCGAGAUCGGGGUCUAGUGAUGACUGCGUACAGUCCUCUGGGGUCCCCUGACCGAGCCUGGAAACAUCCAGAUGAACCCAUCCUGCUAGAGGAGUCAGCCAUUCUCUCACUUGCAGAGAAGUAUAAGAGGUCCCCUGCUCAGAUCAUCCUGAGAUGGCAGACACAGCGAGGAGUAGUAACGAUUCCCAAGAGCGUGACAGAGUCACGCAUCAAGGAGAACAUUCAGGUGUUUGACUUUACCCUUGAAGCAGAAGAAAUGAAAAGCAUCACAGUGCUAAACAGAGGCUGGCGCUACAUUGUACCAAUGAUUGAUGUGGAAGGAAAGCGAGUUCCCAGGGAUGCAGGACAUCCAUAUUACCCCUUCAAUGAGCCCUACUAAUGACUUACACUAAAGCCGGAAUUUGUGCCUUCAACUUUAACCUCACAUAGCUGAUCAUUGUUGUUCUGUGCUUACUGUUCGAACGCACCAUGCUGACAGUCCAAGACUGAAAAAGAAUUACUGUAACUUUUUAAAUAAACAUUUUGUUACUUCA